ACAGAGUACUACAAACAAAAUGGAAAACAACAUGAAGUUUUUUAUAAUCACAAUUAUUUUAUCUUUAUUUCCAGCAAACCUUGUUUUAGGUCAAGCUGGGAAUCUUGACAUAUCAAGAUUUGGUGGAAAACCAAAUACAGAUAUAGCCAAGGCUAUUGUAAGUGCAUUUACUCAAGCAUGUGCAGCAACAACUCCUUCAAAAAUUGUGAUUCCAGCCGGUAAAUACAUAAUGGGUUCAGUAGAUGUCAAAGGUCCAUGUAAGGCUCCUAUUGAACUUCAAGUUGAUGGAACAAUUAGUGCACCUACAGACGCAACUACACUUAAAGGGGUUGAAUAUUGGUUCAAGAUUAGCCAUGUCAACUCUUUCACCCUAUCAGGUGUCGGUGUUUUUGAUGGUCUAGGUCCAAGUGCUUGGAAACAAAAUGAUUGUACUAAAAAUAAGGAUUGCAAGAUGCUUUGCAUGAAUUUUGGUUUUCACUUCUUGAACGAUUCAACUAUUCGAGAUGUUACUUCCAAGGAUAGCAAAAACUUCCAUGUCAAUGUUUUGGAGUGUGGUAAUGUCACAUUUGAUGGGUUUAAAAUUAUCGCCCCAGCCGAGAGCCCCAACACUGAUGGGAUCCACAUUGGAAGAUCAAAUGGUGUGAAGAUUCUCAAUACCAACAUUGGUACUGGAGAUGAUUGUAUCUCAAUAGGCGAUGGCACCUCAAAUGUAGUUGUCCAAAAUGUGAAUUGUGGACCUGGUCAUGGCAUUAGUGUUGGAAGUCUUGGAAGGUACGAAAAUGAAGAGCCUGUUGAAGGUCUUUUAGUUAAGAAUUGCACUUUGAAAAAUACUGACAAUGGUGUGAGGAUUAAGACUUGGCCUAGCGAUCUAGGAGCUACUGUUACUGAUAUGAAUUUUGAAGAUAUUACCAUGAUUAAUGUUAGCAACCCUAUCAUAGUAGACCAAGAAUAUUGUCCAUGGAACCAGUGCACCAAAGAGAAACCAUCCAAAAUCAAGAUAAGCAAGGUUUCUUUCAAGAACAUUAAGGGCACUUCAGGAACAAAAGAAGGAAUGAGUCUUAUUUGUAGUAAGGGUGUACCAUGUGAAGAAGUACAAAUUGCUGAUGUUGAUCUCACAUUCAAUGGAGCUGAAACAAGUGCUAAAUGUGCUAAUGUCAAGCCUAUAAUAACUGGAAAAGCUCCUGUUUGUGCAGCAUAAAAGGACUUGUUGAAAUGAUGUCUAUACAAUUUUUUUAAUCUAUUUUUUUGUGAAUUUUUCCUAUUCAAAGUUGAUAAGUCAUCCCCAUAAAAUGAGGAGAUGUCAAGUAGUUGUAAUACUAUGUAAAUAAAAGCUUCAUUAUGAAGGACGUAGACAAGCAUCACAUGUGUAAUGCUUCUGGAUUAAGAAAUGAAGUUGUCUUUGCUGGUAAAAUAACAAGCUUUUAUUUCGUCCAA